CACGCUUCGGAUGAGAUGGACGAAGGAGCAGUCACAUGUGAGGGAACAUGUUCUCAGGACGGCUGUGGUUGUCAUGGGCAACGAAAACCUAGUCAGUCGGGGAAGGCGCGGCGAGGGUGCGGAAACAACAGCCCCGCUAGCGGCCAAGUCGAUACAUGCGCAACUUUCUGCACAACAACGAUACCAGGUAAGGCGCUGGGCUUUUUCUAUACAUUGAUUUUCGAUUCUUUCUUUUCUUGAGAUACCCCACCGGCGCUAUGGGUUCAGACGACAUUGUCGAUUUCGAGAUUAUCGAAAAUUCGAAGGAAAACAUCCAGGCCAUUCCCAGCGGCCGCUCUGCCAGAGCACUCGCACAGCUCUAUACACCUCCGCUCGGCGCAAAGCCAGGACAUGCGCCGUCACCGCUGCAGACACAAGAUGCCCACAGCGCCAGGCGGUUAGAGUUCGAGAAGGAGCUCAUGAACAUCGACGACUCUGACGACCCGCUCGACAUCUACGACCGAUACGUGAAAUGGACACUAGAGGCGUACCCCUCUGCGCAGAACGACAAACAAUCGCAACUAGGCCCACUCCUCGAGCGCGCAACAAAGGCUUUCCAAUCGUCCACACACUACAGGAACGAUCCCCGCUAUCUCAAGCUCUGGCUGCAUUACAUCAGACUCUUCGCCGAGGCGCCGCAGGAAAUCUUCAGGUUUCUCGCACGACACAACAUUGGCGAUGGGCUGGCACUAUACUACGAAGAGUAUGCAGCGUGGCUUGAGGGAGCUGGGCGUUUCUCGCAGGCGGAAGAAAUCUAUGGUAUGGGUAUCGAAAAGGAGGCACGGCCGACCGAGCGCUUGAUUCGAAAAUACGGCGAGUUCCAGCAUCGUUUUGAGAGCCGGCCACAGGACGUCCCCGAACCAUCGAGCCCUGCUCUGCCUGCUGUUCGCCCGGCCCUAGCAGCGAAGCUCGAUCCUUUCGCACCUGCUUCGCCCGAGCCGCAAGCGCAGAGCCAGCAAAAGCCAACCAAGCCAAAAUCUGGCAAGCCCAAGAUGGCCAUCUUCUCUGACGAGGGAGAGCCUGCCAGGACAAGCUCGAGUGGAAGCGGUCAGGGCUGGGAUAGCAUCGGUACAAUUGCAGACCGCAAGAAGGAAAACGCUCAACAGGCUCGUCCUUGGGCUGGCGAGACACUAAAGGGUGGAAAGACCAACAAGGGCGCAGGCAAGAUGAUGAUUUUCAAGGAUGAGACCAAAUCACAUCUCUAUGACGAAUCGUCGAAGCCACAUCCACUCCGUGAACAAUUACAAGCCGUCAACCCGAAGACAGGCAGAGUCGAGGUCGUGUUUGUCGACCUGGAGCAAGUAUACCCUAAUCACAGCGAUCCCAUGUCCGUGGAAUUUUCGUUCGAAGAACUACGAGCCAGGCAUAGAGGAUGGCUUGACCGGGACUGGGCAGCUGUUCGCCGUGAAGAGCACGUAAAAGCCGAGAAACUUGCCGAGCAGGCUGCCGCAGCACAAGUGUCCAAGCCUAAGCCUGCACCUCUAGCUCCCAAACAGGAACUUUUGACAGAGAAGAAGGAACUUUUGGUACCCAGGCAAGCACCUCUGGCACCGAAACACGAGCCUCUAGCACCCAAGCUGGAGCCUCUAGCACCUAAGCUAGAUUUCCAGAAGCCUCCAAAGCCACAGACUGUGCCUCUCAAAGGCGGCGAAGAUGAUGUUGCCAGCGAUGAUGAGAACAGGCCACCUUCACAAGUGGAGGUUGAGAAGGCGAAAGCAGCGAAGAGGGCAAAGAAGGAAGAGCGCGCGAAUCGGACCCGCAAGAUCCAAGUCAUGGAUGUCAAGGAAAUUAGCGGAGAAACUCAGACAAUCCAAGCAAAGCUCGAUUCACCGUCCAAGAAGUCGAAGGUCCGCCGAAAGAAAGGUGGACGUGAAGCUACAAUGACUCUUCACACCAAAGAGGCGAUGGACGACAUCUACGAGAUCUUCAAUCAGCCCUUGAAGCAGCAUGAAGAGGAGACUCCACAGCCACAGCCACAGAGUGAAGAGGUAAGUAGUGACGAUGAUGAGAGUGACUACACCAGUGGUGCAGAGAGCACAGCUACUCGCAGUGAAUUUGGCGACGAGACGACUGUCGGUGGAGACUUCACACUGGGCACCGUCAUUGGCGACAACGACUUAGAAAGUGAGAGUGGUAGCGGUAGCGGUAGCGACGCAGACAACACAGAGGUCGAUCGGACAGAAUUCGACAACACAACUGCCUCAGCCUGGUCUGACCGUACAGACAGCAGAGACGCAGAGGAUGACCACGACGAAGACGAUAACGACGAUACUGUCCGCACCACCAUUCCUUACGAGGGUUCGGAGCACUCGGAUGACGAGUCUUUCGAAGAAGUCACACAUCCAUUGGUCAAGUCAGGAGAGCACUACGAGCCAGAAGUAGCCACGCCAACAUCACCGCAAGCCCCACCCUCGUUACCGACGCGUUACGUGCCUCUAUCACCAGAGGAGCGCAACUAUCCAAUGAGGCCAUACCGGGAUCCCGUACAAGCUGCAAAUAACCGUCUGCCCUUCAUGACCCCGAUCGUGGAGAAGACCGAGUCCUCUUUGGGUUUUGCAACUGCUUACGCUCAAAAGGAACAGCUCAACGCCAAGACGCCUUCGCGUUCGAAGGGUGAUCUCAUCAUAUUCGAGGAUGGUGAUGAGGACGAGCCUGGUAGCAGCCCCUUCCACGAUCUCCUUGAACAGGCUAUUGACGGCCCAGGCAAAAUCACGAAGCUAUCACUCAGGCAAUCGGAUCCCAAACCUAGCGAGCUUCUCGCCGAAGCAGUCGAGGAGCCCGCACGACAACCUCUGGCUGCCAAGCCGGUCGUGUUCAGAGAUCCAAAGCCCACAGGGCCAAUUAUCCAGGACUUGCUCUGCAACCCGGUUGCAGACGAUACUCGCAAGACCAUCCUGGAACAGAUCUAUCCGCCACUUGACAGUUACGACGGCUACUUUGCGGACACUGAGGCACUGAGCGGGAAAGCUCUUGAGAUCCAGAAGUACACGAAGGCUGUCAAGAAGAUGAGGAACAAUUCCCAGGACAAGACGAUGACCAACUUGAGUGCGCCUCCUAAGCUGAUCUUUGAUGGGUCAAAGCGAACGUACACCGUCAAGCGAGAGCUCGGCAAAGGGGCGUUUGCACCAGUCUAUCUCAUUGAAAGCACACCGAAGGACGAGGACGAGAACGCACCCGCCCAAAUGGGUAAGGGUGAGUUUGGGCCGAAGCGCCGAAAUCUGGAAGCUCUCAAGAUGGAGGAGCCUCCUACGCCAUGGGAAUUCUACAUCAUGCGACAAGCGAAACGCCGCCUUGGGGUGUCCAGAGCAUCGGAUUCGAUCGUCGACGCCUACGAGAUGCACGUCUUUCAAGACGAGUGUUACCUGAUUGAAGAGUUCCGCGAUCAAGGCACCCUCCUCGACAUCGUCAAUAUCGCUCGCGCAGAGAGCAGCCCGAUGGAUGAGCAGCUGGUGAUGUUCUUCACGAUCGAACUCUUCCGCACCAUUGAAGCACUUCACUCCAAAGGCAUUGUCCACGGCGAUCUCAAAGCAGACAACGUCCUAGUACGUUUCGAGACGCUGCAGAGAGGCGAAUGGGACUCGGUCUACCAACGUGAUGGUCGCGAUGGCUGGGCGUCCAAAGGCGUCUCUCUGAUUGACUUUGGCCGUGGCAUCGAUAUGAAGGCAUUUAAGCCAGACGUAAAGUUCAUGGCUGAGUGGGAUCUCACGGAAAACGACUGCGCUGAGAUGCACGAAGCGCGACCCUGGACAUACCAGAUCGACUACCAUGGUCUGGCAGGCAUCAUCCAUACAAUGCUUUUCGGCAAGUACAUAGCCACUGUUGCCGAGAAAGGCGCAGGGCUCGGUGCCGGCGCGACAAAGACGUAUAAGAUCAAGGAGAGCUUCAAGAGGUACUGGCAGACGGAGAUCUGGCACGAGUGCUUCGACAUCCUGCUCAACCCUCUGGUGCACUUGGACGGGGAAGAGGCUAGGAGACUGCCUGUGCUGAAGGGCAUGAGGGAGGUCAGGGAGAAGAUGGAGGCGUAUCUGGAGAGUAAUUGCGAGAAAGGUAUCGGAUUGAAGGCUUUGGUCCGCAAAAUGGAGGAGGCUGUUAAGAAGAGGUGACUGUGAUUAUGGGAUUGUGCGAUAGACGAUAGACGGGUGUCUGGCUUAUUUGCAAGGCGUUACGGUUGCGAUGAUACCUAUGAGCCAGUAU